AUGUUAGUGUUGAAACUUGGUCCAACUUUGACAUGCGGUAAGUUCUUAAAAAACAAAAAUGCUAAUGUCGUCAUUCUUAAGCUGACAGAGCAAGCACCACUUACUGCUGGUUUUCCACCAGGUGUUGUUAAUACUGCACCAGGCGGCAGCUCUAGUUAUGAUUAUGCAAUUGCGACGCAUGACAAGAUCAAUAAAAUGGUUUUUACGGGCUCUGUUGAGAUUGGUAAAAAAAUUCCGAAAAUUGCUGGUAAAACUAAUCUGAAAUCGGUAUUGUUGGAGCUCAGUGAUAAAUCACCAUUGAUCAUUUGCGACAAUGUUGAUCUCGAUCUUGCCGGUCACAAUAGCACAUGA